UACUACUCUAGUUUAACUUCACUUACAUUUUGCCAUUUUUGAAGAUGUAGUACUCUACAAGCUAAACCUCUCAAUUCUGACAAUUAUACACAAGAAGAUAUACCCCAAUUGAAAUUGAUGCUCAAAUUCAAAAUCUUCAUAAAAAAAACCUUCUUGUUCUUCAAUUCUACUUAUCCCAUAUCCCUAAUUAAGUAACUGAUUUAACAAGUCAGGUUUUGUUCAAAAAGAUUGAAGAUGAACGAGUUCCAGCUUCCAAACAAGCCUCACUUUUUCCAGCCUCUCCUUCCUGACUUCCUCACCAAUUUCUCUAUUCCGAAGUCAUUCCUUACGCAAUAUCUACCCGUAAAAGGCCGAGGAUCAGAAGUGAAGAGCAAAGAGUUUGUUGUUUUAAGAAAUAGGAAAUCAGAACAAACUUGGUAUGUUAAAGUUGAUUUGCCAAACUACACUUUCAAAAAAGGUUGGAGGAAGUUUUGUGCAGAUCACAACUUACAAAUUGGUGAUUUCUUGGUGUUUAAACACCAACGUGACAUGGUUUUCGAAGUUUAUGUCUUUGAUCCAAGUGCUUGUGAGCGCGAAUUUCCCGGUUUCGAGGAUGAUUCUAUAGCUAUUCAAGCAACUCCCUUGGCCUCUAGACCUCCAAUUAAUUAUCAUGAUGGAUUGGAGAAGAAGGGAGACGAGGAAGAUCCAAAAGAAAUAUCAACAUUUAAACCAUCUGGUCGCCCAUAUUUCCGAACUCAAGUAAAAAAAGCUGCUCUUGCUAUUGGUUCAAUAUGGGUUCCAAAGAGUUUUGUGUUGCAAGCUGGGCUAGAAAAGAAAACCAGUCCUAUGGUGUUGCUAGAUGAGGAAGGGCAUUCAUGGUCAAUAAGCCUAAAGUACAAUGAGGGGCAAGAUGGUCACUAUAUGUACAAAUGUCCUUCAAUUUAUAAACUUAUGGGCCUGGAUAUUGGCCAGCCCAUAGUUUUUGAGCUUAUUAACUCCAGCGGAUACCUUCUCAUGAAACUUUAUAAGGAGUAGGGUUGUGGAGACGAAGGAUCGUUAGGAAGAUAAAAGUUUGCCUCGGAGGAAGAGAAUCGGAUCGGCGUUAUGGUGUGGUUUUAUUGGCUAGCUAUUAAAGUUUCUGAUUUGUAGCGGGUAUUGUUACAUCGAUGGUUAACCCACUACUAAUAGAAUAUUUUAAAAAUCGUUAACGAUGAUGAGUACGAUUUUUACUACUACUAUUAUUACUCUCUGUUAUUGGUGGCAGUUUACCCAAUGGAUAGACAAAGUUUUUUCCACUUGUAAGUGGGCUCUUUGUAAGACAAACUUCGGAUUAGGUGUAUGUGUAUCAAGUUUACGUCUAGAUGUAUGAGUAUAGACUCUUUAGGGUGUAUGAGGUUUACUUUGUACUCUCAACUUGCUUGUGUCUAACUUUAUAUUAUUUAUGUAGUAUUUAAGUUAUGAACUCAUUUCUCA